AUGUCUGAUGGUUUUCAGAUUAAAUAUUUUCAUAGUCUUCAGGUUGUUGUCUCCUCAUCAAACGAAGAAUCUUCUUCUCUUGUUAUAGGCUGCCUGCUGCCUUUAACAGAUGCUGAGCAACAGCUGAGUGAAAUUAAAGAGACCUGUUAUGAAGGUAAAUCCAAGAAGAUCCAGCUGAGUUGGACACCACAGGUCCGGGCAUCGUGUGAUCAGACUGUCUUUAGCAUCUACAAAGGUGUCAGGACCUUUGACCUCUGUCAGAAGCACAGAUUGCUGAUUACUGGAGGCAUGGAUAAACUUAUACGCCUGUGGAAUCCACAUUAUUCUGGAAAACCAACUGGUAUUUUGAAAGGCCACUCUGCUCCUAUCAUCUCCAUCCGCAUCUCCUCAGAAGACAAUCAAAUCUUCUCUGUCUCAACAGACUGCACUGUGAAAUAUUAG